CUGCAGCUUGCAUUCAUUGAUGCACUGAAGGAGGUCGUCUUUUUUCGCAUGCAGUUGCAGCUUGCAUUUUGAGUCUGCACCUGGCCCACUGACUACCUGAUAACACAUGGCUACUGUAGAUGAGCUGUACGGACCCCAGAGGACCCUCGCCAGAGACACCGCCAAGCGACUUUUGGAGAAGGAUCACGUGAGGUGCAACUUUCAGCGCGGGAUCGAGCGGCAGAGCAGCCACCAGACCUUCCUCACGGAGACCGCGCACUCAUUCAGGGGGCAUGGAGCAGCUGACUUGGUGUCUUCUCUACGAGACAGAGCAAGCAGAUCAGACCCUGGCUCCCAGAACGCCACUCACCUCAACCUGGGCUCUGACAUGUCUCCCAGGACUACCGUGGUCCGCUCUGACUACACUGCAAAACCUACCACUAAGUUCCAGCAAGUGAUCCCCGAAGGUGUUCAUGACAUUCACUUGGCUGACAUGGUACCAAAAUAUAUGGUCGACAAGUCAUUUGGAAAGAGCCUCUACUGUUCUGACUUUAAUGGUGAAAAAAGCUAUGGUGACUGGUCCAGCCGUGCAGCCAGAGAAGGUCUCGAAGUCGGAAGGAGACACAAGACGACAGCCUACCAAAAGUCAACCCAUUUCCAGCUGGGAAGUGACCCACCCGAGGUAGUGAGUGAGACAAGUCGGUGUUUCGCUGGCAAGAGACCAGAAGUGGUUCCACCAACCUCUAGUCUGGGUGUGGAGGCAUCGGGGUCCGCGUCCAACGUGUUCCGAUCGGGGGACUACAACUUUCCCUCCCGCACCACCCGCGGCCACUUCCUCACCAUUCAGAAACAGGACUACAUCCCGAAAGAGCUUGCAUCACCGGCUGGUGUACCCACCACCACCGAGAAGCCCUACUCCCACGUCCUACCAAAACGAGCUGCGGCCCACGGUCCAGCUCUGAGGUCUCUGCGUCAGCUGCUGGUUGAGGAGAACACUCGCUCCUUCCAGAACCCUCGAGACCCCACCUCCACCAACGUCACCAGAGCUUUCCUCAACUACGACAGACAGAGGACUGGGUUCAUCACGGAGCAAAGUCUUCGCGGUGUGUGUAGAGACCUGGGGGUUCCCAUAUCGGAGCUGGAAAUCUCUCAACUGAUGGCAGAGUGUGACCAGGACAGGGACGGGAAGAUCAGCUAUGUGGAGUUCACCAAGUAUUUGACAGGUCAGAACGAGUCUGAAGACAGACGCAGGGAGGAUUUGACCACUACUAACACCAGGACCUACUCUCAGCCUCAGGAGGACGAGGAGAGAGAUAAGGAUGGCCACGAGACUGACAUUCAGAAAUACACAGGAGCAGGGUACCAGGACUCGACACACUUUCAGUUUGGGAACGACAAUGCCCCAUCCUCUUCUGUCUACACUGGAGAUUUCAAUAUGGAGAGUGUGAGAGGUGCCAAGAGGGAACGUGCAGUAUCUCCUCUCAGUGCAAAGGUGAUGCACGAGUUUCCAGUCAUAUCGACUGAUUCCAGCAUGGCUACCACCAGCCGCAAGGAUUUCGUCACUCACGAUGUGACGGCACUGGCCAGGCAGAGGAGAGACGCCCUCAAUACUAACAGAUCACGCCAUGAGAAACUAGCUGUUGAGUUGAGCUGUGGAAAAGACAAGAUCAGUGAUUCCCACAGAAAAUCAGUCAUGAGUUCGUCGUACGUUGCUCCUCCCCCUGGAACCCGGCGAGAAGGGCCCGUAAACCCCGCCCCUCACGACUACCGCCACCUCGAGAGUGAUCGAGCUCUCCUCCAUCCUCCACCUGGUCCUCCCUCCUCUGAGAACAUGACUCAGUUUGGAGUUCCGCUGAAGAGUGAGGAGGAGGCGAGGGAGAGAGUGAGGGAAGCUCGCCAGGAGAGGAACUCUCGCAUCAGAGACAGCAAACUGACCCACAUCGUCCUUGGCUUCAACUCUGUCCCAAAACUGUCAGAGAAAAUGGCAGAGUUUGGAGAGAAGGAGGCAGUAGAUCCAGAUCUCCCUGCAGCCGGCAAACCCAAUGGCCCCACUCAGGGGUAUUCUGUUCUCAGUCACGAAUGUGUAUCAGAAGAAGGUGGUCAUGAGUCAGUGGCGGAAGAAGAGGACUCUACCUCUGCUCUACAGGGAAUCCUGCAGCAGAGAAACUUCCUCAAGUACACUUGCAUUUGGCAGCGUCUUAGCGGGAUUUGCACUAUUAGCUUCAUAUCUCCUUCUCCCUCUGUGUGUGUGUGUGUGGCUAGGAACCGCAAUCCCAGGGAUCCACUGAACAUUAACCUCAGAAAGGCAUUUCUGGACUAUGACAAGUCCCUGAGUGGCAGCAUCAGUGCCGAAGAUGUGCUUGCUGUCUGCCGGGAAAUGAAAGUGGAGAUAACUGAGUCACAGCUAGAGAGCCUUCUGAAAAGGUGUGAUAGGAACGGAGAUGGUCAGAUAGACUACCAUGAGUUUGCUCUCCACCUGUCGCGACACCAGGAGCCCUCUGGGUCCGUAGCCAGGCCUCGCCACACUCCCUCUCAUACCUCAACCACCAGACUCCACUUCAGAGACCCUGCAACUCAGAAACUCACAGCCAUGCAGCGAGUUGUGAUGGAACAAGAUGCUAAGAGAUUUACUCCACUGCUUCCUACACACUUCUAUAAUGCUGAAACUGAUAAUGAUUAUUUGCUUAGCACAACCAGAAAAGACUUCAAACCACCUGCGGAAGCACUCACUUCCGUGACAUAAUUAUAAUCGUCAUUUUAUCUCGCGUUGCAUAGCGUAGACGAGGUGGCCGAGUGGUUAAGGCGAUGGACUGCUAAUCCAUUGUGCUAUGCACGCGUGGGUUCGAAUCCCAUCCUCGUCGCUAACUUUUUCCUUUUUUAACACCACUAUCUUUAUACUCUGAACAUUAACCCAGAUAGUAACUUUUUGGAAAAACAUAUUUACAUUUUUACAAACAACACACAUAACUUAUGAUGCUUCUGGAAGGAUGAUAGUGUAUGAUUUCAGGUGGUUUAAAAUUAGUGAGUGAACGUCCAAUGCUGACAGGUGACAAACAAACAAAACCUAUGGCGUGCAACACAGACACAGACAAAAAUGUGACUGAAACAUACAGCGUGAACACCUAGCUAAAGUUUGUCGAGUAGUAGAAUUCGGUUCAGCCUCUGCUGGCUCUGUGGGGAGAGGGUGGAGGCGCAGUCCAGGAGACUCUGCCCCAUCACGUCGUACAGAGUGUGGCAGAGAGCGACAAUGGCCUCCUUCACCUCGUUG